GGUGAAAUAAAAGUGCCGAAGGGCGCCGAGGCGAUCGCAGUGCAGCCGAGGCAGCCUCAGCCGCGGGCGCAGCCCCUCUGGGAGAGACCGAGCCUCGGCCCUCGACCUCGGCGAUCACUUCGCUCGCUCCGGGCUUCCAUUCAUUAAGGAUCCAGCUGCCGGGAACGCGGUCCACGCGCGCACACACGCACACAAACACACCGAGCACUCGCACGCACACGCACAGCUCCAGCUCCGGGACUAGUCGUAGUUUUGAGAGAGAAAAGUUUGUUAGUUACCGGGGUUGGUGUACCCCCCCCUUUUUUUUCUUGCCCCCUUCCCUCCCCCGCAGUCUAGUCCGGGCUGGGGAGAACGAAAGGAGACAGCGAGGAGGAGCGAAGCGCAGCCCCCAGCUCGCUGCCCGCCCCACUGCCCCUCGUCCUCGGCGGGCCCGGGAGGAACCUCCUCGCCUCUCGGCGGCGGCGGCUGCGGGGAGCCGAGCCCCGGACUCGGGUGCCUGCCUCCCGGCGCACGGGCGCUGAUCGGCGGCGGACGCUGGCCUCGGAGCCGCGGACCGUGCCCCGGACACCAUGCAGAACUACAAGUACGACAAGGCGAUCCCGGCCGAGAGCAAGAACGGGGGCAGCCCGGCCCUGAACAACAACCCCAGGAAGGGCGGCCGCAAGCGGGUGCUGCUCAUCUGCCUCGACCUCUUCUGCCUCUUCAUGGCGGGUCUGCCCUUCCUCAUCAUUGAGACCAGCGCCAUCAAGCCUUACCGACGAGGCUUCUACUGCGGCGAUGAGAGCAUCAAGUACCCCCUGAAGACAGGAGAGACCAUCAGUGACGCCGUCCUGUGUGCCGUGGGCAUCGUCAUCGCUAUCCUUGCGAUCAUCACUGGGGAAUUCUACCGCAUCUAUUACUUGAAGGAGAAGUCUCCGUCCGUGAUCCAGAACCCAUACGUGGCCGCCCUCUACAAGCAGGUGGGCUGCUUCGUCUUUGGCUGCGCCAUCAGCCAGUCCUUCACAGACAUCGCCAAGGUGUCUGUAGGCCGCCUGCGGCCCCAUUUCCUAGAUGUCUGCAACCCCGACUUCAGCAAGAUCAACUGCUCCGUGGGCUACGUGCAGAGCUAUGAGUGCCGAGGGGAUGACAGCAGGGUCCAGGAAGCCAGGAAAUCUUUCUUUUCUGGCCAUGCCUCUUUCUCCAUGUACACCAUGCUCUACUUAGCGCUCUAUCUGCAGGCCCGCUUCACCUGGAGAGGAGCCCGCCUGCUCCGGCCCCUCCUGCAGUUCACGCUGAUCAUGAUGGCCUUCUACACUGGCUUGUCUCGAGUGUCUGACCACAAGCAUCACCCCACAGAUGUCUUGGCGGGAUUUGCACAGGGAUCCCUGGUGGCUUUCUGUAUAGUCUUUUUCGUGUCCGACCUCUUCAAAACCAAGACGACUAUUGCCUUGCCUCCCCCUCCCAUCCGAAAGGACAUCCUCUCCCCUGUCGACAUCAUAGACAGAAACAAUCACCACAAUAUGGUGUAGACCGCUUGGCUCCCCCUGGAGAGUUUUGCAAACUGACUGCUGACAGCACCCACCUGCUGCUGCUCUCAAAUCUCAUCAGACAGUAGAAUGUAGGGGAAAAUGGUUUUUUGCCCGCCCGAUCUUUUUGUUUUGUUUUGUUUUUAAGAAAAAAAUCUUAUUCUGUGGCCUUCUGAAAUUGGUUGUGAUUCAACCAGAUGGAGACACCAGUGAAAAUGGACACAUACUUUUCAAGUGCCUGAGUUUUAGGUGCACAGUUGGCCCCACGUGUUCAUGUUGUAGUGAAUGCUGGCUUGUUCACAGGUGAGCACCAAGAUGGGUUUGUAGAGUGGGUGACUCCAUCCAGUGAGCCACUUCUGAUUGUAGCCCUCUGAGAGGCAAAGAGAGCACUGAACUGAGGUUUGUGGGGCGCGAUCUCUGGGCUUGCCUCUCACCUUUAUCUCUGGCCUCCCAGUCCGGGGUGCUUGGUUCUCUACUGUGACUCUGGUGCCCAGGAGCCCCCCACUCAGAAUGUCAGAAGCUGCCGGAAGGAGCUGUCCGGUCGGGACUAGUACCUUACUUACCACUUUCUCCUCCUUCCAGCCAGUGACUGAAGUCAGCUCACUUUUAGCCACUAGGAUACUCUUUGUGGACAACUGACUUUGAUAGACAGCACAAGGGUGAAAAAGGUGGAAGGAGCUGAAUGCUCUUCUCCUGCCAUCACCCCUUAUCUUUGGCUGCAUCAGUCUCAGAGUGGUCAGGGGGUGACCACAGAGAUUGAUCUGCACUUGCAUUUGGCUAAGUCAGGUGCAUUUUAGAUGAAAAGGGAGGUGUUUAUUUCCCACCUCUUCCUCCCCCCAAAAAAAGAAUUAAAAUGAAUGCAUUUUGUCAUUUUCCCAUGAGCCACAUAAUCUUAAAACAAAUCCAGGGUUAGGGCUGGAUUCUGCCCUGAAGUAAAUCAACCUUUUCUUGAAAGUACAACGGGAUGGGGGGGGGUAGGGGGAGAUGGGACAAAAAGAACACCUGGCCCAGGGCAACAGGUUGUCCCGCACCUCUGAGGGCGCCUCUUAGGCAUUCUUCUUGAGAUGUGUAAAGCACUAUGGAUUUGGGAUCGAGUCCCAGGAGCUGAAGAUUCAGCGGGCUUCCGAACACUCUGCAGGGCAGAAGGCACACCCGCUAGAAUCUCUCAGCGCUUUCAUUUCCUCAUCCUCUAUCUGGAAGGCCCGAAAAGUUAGGUUUUCUUAGAGGCAGUAGGUAGCAAUCCAAUGACUUGGCUUUCCCAGGGAAGGAAAAAAGGGAUUUAUAAACAACCACCACCGCCACAUUUCUAGAUCUUGGGUGAAGACCUUGCAAAGGGCUUAGCAUCUUAGGGGUCAUACGAAACCAAACGGAUUGGCCAUCAGCACAUUCGUCUUCAAGAAUCCGUCCUACCAUUUCAACUAUAGCAAGCUAUGAUUUUUAUAUAUAAAUAUUAUAUAAAUAAUGUAUAAAACAUUAAAAAUUAACUAUGUAAAAUAUUAUUUCUGAAACAAUUUUAGAUAUAUCCACUAUGAUUAUCAACGGUGUCUUGACCUGUGUUAUUUACAUCAUGUUGCUUGAAAAAGCAUCAAGUUACUUUUUUUUUCUUCAUCUAGUCAACUAAAAUGUUUGUAGCUCUGUAGGAGUUGUCAGGAAGGGAAGAGAAGAUAGCGACAGCUAGAGAUGGUUGUAUAAAAAAAAAAAAAGUGAAAUUGUCCGUAUUUUUGUAAUGUUGACUUUUGUAAAGAAAAAGACUAUUUGGAGACUUGUAGAAUACAAGAACACAACAGUUUGUAUCCGCAGAGCAAUGGCUGUAUAAAUGUGCUUUUGAAAUAAAAGCUCAUAACACAACUAA